AUGCUCAUGCUAAAACCAGCAUCUGUCCUACUAUGUCGAUUUACAACACGACAAACCUUGAGAACAUAUCACAUCCUUAAUCCACACAAACUUAUACCGAGGAGUAAUAUCAUCAUCAAUAAUCCUCAUUGCAGAAGCAUAUUGAGUCUUGUACGAUUCAACUCGACAUCAUCUCUUUCCAAUGAGUCUCAAAAGACCAAACUUAUUCACGACUCAUCAGUCAAAUCACAUCUAGAUCUCGCUAAACUAAAAAAGAAGGAGAUCAAACAAGAGGAGAACAAACAGUUUUCCAAAUUGGACAAGAAAACAUUUGGAGAAAAUAUGAAAACCAUUGGUCGAAUACUAAAAUUGGGUAAAUCCGAUUGGAAGUUGUUUUUGCUUGCAAUUACAUUUAUUUUAUGCGCAGUACUAUACCCAACCACCGCCGUCAAACUAGUUGGUGCUCUACUAGACUCAUUCAAUUCAGGAACUAGAAACGCCAAUGGUGAAUUGAUGGUGUGGGGUUACACGGCAAAGACGAUUUUCGAAUUCAUGGUUCCAUUCAUGUGUCUCUCUGCCCUUUGUUUUUGGGCUAGAAUUUGGGUAUUGAAGUUACUAGGUGAACGACUUGUUGCUAGGCUAAGAGCCAAAGUGAUGAAGAGUUUAUUACGCCAUGAUGCGAAAUUUUACGACAAUGACAAGAACAAAGUUGGCGAUUUAAUAUCGCGUUUAUCAAGUGAUGCAUAUGUUGUGAGCAAGUCAAUAACGGGGAAUCUACCCGAUGGGUUGAAAAACUUGUUGUUUGGAGUUAUUAGCUCCUAUAUGAUGUAUUCGAUAAACCCAAUGUUGUUUGGAGUCAUGUUGUUGAUUUCACCACCAAUCACCAUUGGUUCUGUAUGGUAUGGUGAAAAAAUUAGGAAGUUGUCCACCAAAUUACAAAAUGCUAGUGCUGGGCUAACAAAAGUCAGUGAAGAGACAUUGAAUGCAGUCAAAUUGGUUAAAGCAUUCACUGGGGAACAAAAGGAACUCAACAAGUAUAGUGCUAGGAUUAGAAACGUUGUCAAAGUUGCCAAACAAGAGGCAUUUGCACAAUCAAAUUAUUCUGUUAGCAUAUAUACCCUUUAUCAUGCGGGGUAUUUAUCAUGUGUUGCAUUGGGUAUAUGGCUUAUGCAAAAGGGUCAAAUGACUGCUGGUGAUGUUGUGGCGUUUACAAUGUAUCUGGAAUUUUUUAACCUGGCAUUGUAUAGCUUAACAACGACAUACCUUGAAUUGAUGAAAGGUGCUGGUGCCGGAGUCAAGCUUUUCAACUUGAUUGAUUACAAAAGUGAUGUUGAUCCCAUCAAUGGGGAAAAAGCGGGCAAUUUGCAAAAUGAAGUUGAGUUUAAAGAUGUUACAUUCAGCUACCCAACAAGACCCAAUGACAAGGUGUUUGAUCAUUGUAGCUUUUCCAUUGCUAGUUCAACCAGCACUUGUAUUGUUGCUCCUUCAGGUGCAGGAAAAUCUACCGUUGCUGCAUUACUUUUAAGAUCAUACAACAUCCAAGGUGGUGAGAUCUUAAUUGGUGGGGAAAACAUCAAAGAUAUUCAAGUUCGUGAUUUGAGAAGGUAUAUCAUUGGUAUUGUUCAGCAAGAGCCACUUUUACUAAGUGGUACAAUCUUGGAAAACAUCGUGUAUGGUCUCACUCCAAAACAAAUUCGCCAACUUUCAAUGGAUGAUAUCAUUGAAGUGUGCAAGCAAGCCAAUUGUCACGACUUCAUCGAGAGUUUCCCUGAGAAAUAUGACACUAUAAUUGGCAGCCGAGGUGCUUCAUUAUCAGGAGGCCAAAAGCAACGAAUUGCCAUUGCUCGUGCAUUGAUUAAACGUCCCAAGAUUCUAAUCCUCGAUGAAGCCACCUCGGCGCUAGAUUCAAAAUCAGAGUCGUUAAUCAAUGAGACCUUGAAAAACUUGACUUCGCAAGGAAGAAUGACAAUCAUAUCCAUCGCCCAUCGAUUAUCAACCAUUUCGAAAUCAGAGUUUGUUGUUGUCUUGGGCAAGAAUGGCAAAGUUGUUGAACAUGGCAGAUUUGUUGAACUCUUUAGUGACCCCAAUAGUGAAUUAUCCAAAUUAUUAGAUGAAUCGACAAACAAACAAGAUGAAGAUAAAAUUGACGAAGAAGAAGCAGAUGAAAUAGAGCAUGCAAAUUAUGAAGCAGAAAAGAUUGAACAAAAUCAACGUGAUUUUGGAAAAUUGGAACAUUUACGAGCCAUGAUUGAUUCCUUACCUGAAGAACUCAAAGAUCAAUUGAUUGAAGAAAUCACCCUUGACACAAAGAAGAAAAUUCAGAAUAUGGAUAGUGCAACAUUGGGUGAAGAUUUGAAAAGAUAG